GCUGACAAACAAUUUGUAGACUGGACCUAAGUCUCAGAUCAAUCUCAAACCAACUAUUUCAGCAAUGUGCAGAUUUGUGUUUUCUAUCUGUACGUUUGGAAUUGUUUUAUCAUGUUUCAGUCACCAUAUUUCUGCCAGAUUUACUGAUGACUUACUGCAAUCAUCAAGCAACAGGGCCAAUACAUCUUCAAGACACACCAGAGGAGCUGAUACCCCCGCUCCUAUUGACUGUAAACUCAAGAGCUGGACGCAGUGGUCACCUUGUGAUUCAUGUCGAGAUAGGACGAUUCGUUUCCAGUACUUGGAACGAGCGUCUCAGUUCGGUGGUCAGAAGUGUGUGCACAGUCAGUGGGAUGAAAGACAAUGUCCAGAAGAGGGCGAGUGUCAACUACAAGACAACCACUGCGGGGACAUGUUUGCUUGUGGGCCCAAAGGGCGCUGUGUUGGACAGCAGCUCCGAUGCAAUGAUGAAAUAGACUGUGUAAAUCAGAAAGAUGAGACUGACUGUGAAGUGAUAAACAGAAGAGAAACCAAAUGUACCGGCAUGUUGACCAUACCAGGAGCUGAAAAAGCCACUCAAGGAUAUAAUGCUUUAUCUGCUGAUUUUAUGAAUCGUGUUCUGGACCCAACAUACUUUGGAGGCGUUUGUGAAUACAUCUAUAAUGGAGAGUGGCGGAAACUCACGUACGAUCCUUUCUGUGAAUACCUCAGUUAUGAUGAUGCUGAAAAAUAUUACCGGAAACCUCACAACUUCCUCUCAUAUCAAAUAAUGGCACAAGCGACUACAGAGGAAGCAUCAGAUUAUUAUGAGGAUGCUGCUGGCUUUCUCAUGGCAAGACAGAGAGAAAUAUCCUUUAACGCUGGUGUGUCAAUGAGAGUCGCUUUUCUGGAAACUGGUCGAGAACAUAGUGCUGAAUUCAAGUUUCUACACAACAUAUCACAAUACACUAAUAAGGAGGUGGGAUUUGUCAGGCUGUUGUCAAAAGUACAAACAGCUCAGUUUAAGAUGAGAAGCAGAGACUUGACUCUGGACGAGGACAUGCUCUGGGCUCUGGGUGAUCUGCCUGAUCAGUAUGAUUUUGGUGCAUAUUCCCAGUUUUUCAAUGAAUAUGGCACACACUAUGUCACAGAGGGUACCAUGGGUGGAGUCCUGGAUUAUGUUGCUGUUGUGAACAAGAAUGCCAUGCAAAGAAAUGAAAUGACUGGGUUACAAAUUGGAUCGUGCCUUGGUUUAUCUUUGGGACUGACAGUCGACCAGUCUAUAACAAUUUCAUCAAAAGGAAAAUUAUGUGAAAAAGUUGGAACAAAGACAGCGACUGGUGAUCAGUCCAGCAGUGCUAUUGAGGAUGUGUUGGGCUUUGUGAAGGGUGGACACACUGGCUCCAGCACUGGAAGUUUGGCUAUCAAAGAUGCCAAAAGUUACCAGGGCUGGGGAAAGAGUCUCAAAUACAACCCUGCGCUAAUUGAGUUUGAGGUUUCACCGAUAUAUGAGCUGGUGCGUUUAAGCACAGCAGCCGAGCAGCUUCGCACAAAGCUGCCCCAUCUGAAGAUGGCAUGGGAAGAGUACAUGCAGAACUUCAACCCGUGUCUCUGCGUCCCCUGUAUGAAUAAUGGCAUUCCUGUGCUGUCCAGGACAGACUGCAGUUGUAUAUGUAAAAAUGGUUACAGAGGUGAGGCCUGUGAGGAGACGGAAAGAAAAGGUCCUACACAUGGAGACUGGAGCUGCUGGAGCUCCUGGUCCCCAUGUGUGUCUGCAACAAAGACACGAAAACGGGAAUGCAGUAACCCCCCGCCAAAAGAUGGUGGCCUGCCUUGUCAAGGAAGCAGUAAUCAGAAGAAACGUUGCUAAAAUCUAAAUAUACUCAUGUUGACAGUGUCCUGUCAUUUUAUACUAGCAUAAUGCCACUUCUGUCUGCUUUCUGUCUGCUGGUUUGGAUUUACCUUUACCAGUUAAUGUUGUUCAAUUUAGUUAAAAUAUGUUACUUUUUUUGUAUGACCUGAUUUCAAGUCCUGGCUUAUGGUCCUUUUCCGUUCAUGUUCCCCUCUUUCCUCUUCAAUUGCUGUCUCUCGCUAUACUGUCAUAUCAACAUGAAGGCAGAAAAGCACAUAGAUAUAACUUGAAAAAUAAAGAAAAUUUACAUUUUAAGGAAAAAUUAACUUAAAAA